UCCUUUGUACGACAAAUGUAAUACACUGGAACUUCACUUAUUUUCCCACCCAUAAAACUUGAGCCCUUCACUUAUUUUCCUUGCGGAGGGGAUCCCACUACUGUUGCAGAGUAAAGGUGGGUUUUCAUUACGGUUGCAAUGAUUGGCUGUUGCAUAUACAUUUCUAUGCGAAUGCGCAUUUGUUUACGCCUAUUAGUGUACAUAUUGUAUGUCAAAUCUGUGUUUGGAAAGUGAAAGAAUUUAAAAUGGAAACUGGAAAACAAGAAGUUCACAGAGAAAAAGUUCGGAAACUACGGCCAAAAUGCAAAAAACUUUUAUUGAAAGAAAAAAUAUCUGUAAUCGAGCUUAUAGAAAAAGGAGAAGCGAGAUCAAACGUUGCUAUAAAAUUUGGCAUAACUAAAAGAGCAGUUGGCUACAUACUACAAAAAAAGGAAAAAUAUAAACAGAUAAUGUCAGAAAGAGUGAAGAGUAUGAAGAAAAGGACUAGAAUGGAUGAAGGAGAAAAUCCUUUAUUGGAAAAAAUUCUUUUACAAUGGAUCAAGCAAAAAAGAAGUCUUGGCAUAGCUAUCACUGGUCCUGAUGAUAAAGGAAAAAGCGUUGACAUUUCAUGAAAAAUUAAUGAAAAAAACUCAAGAGAGAGAAGGCAAUGAGAAAGAAGAAGAAAUAAAUAGCCAACAAAAAAAUUCAGAAUCCAAAAUGUUGAACACAUUUAAGGCAAGUGAAGGCUGGUUGCACAGAUUUAAACAACGAUAUGGAAUCCGACAAAUCAGCUUUAAAGGAGAACAAUUGUCUGCCGAUUACGAUGGAGCAAAUGAAUUCCUUGAUCUUUUCAAACAAGUUAUUAAAGAAGAAAGAUAUAACUUGGAUAAUGUCUACAACGGAGAUGAGACCGGCUUAUACUCUUCAAAUCUUUGCCCAAGAAAACUUUGGCACUAGUAGAGGAAAAAGAAGCGUUGGGUUUCAAAGAAUCUAAACAGAGAGUCACUCUAAUGAACUGCGCCAAUGCUACAGGUUCUCACAAGGUGCCUUUGUUGCUGAUUGGAAAAUCGAAAAUUCCUCGAUGUUUCAAAGAUCUCACACAUUUGCCUGUGAUUUAUAUGUCUCAAAAAAAUGCAUGGAUGAGUGGUGAUAUUUUUAUUAAGUGGUUCAGGAAUGUCUUUAUUCCAUCUGUAGAAACACGGAAGCCGAGAGAAGAUGAAAAAUUUUUACUUCUCCUUGAUAAUGCGCUUUGUCAUCCAUCAGCUGAAAUGUUGAAUUCUAUAAAUUCAAAAUUUAAAGUAAUGUUUUUGCCUCCAAAUGUUACUUCCUUGAUUCAGCCGAUGGAUCAAAGCGUCAUCGAAAGCUUAAAACGACAUUACAAGCAAAUUUUCCUUCGAAAGUUAUUAUUGGCAGACUUUGCUAAUCCCUCCAGAAUUCCAAAUUUUCUAAAACAAUGGAAUCUUUCUGAUACGAUUUUUGCUCUUGCUAAUGCAUGGUCUUCCGUCACUCUCACAACUCUGUCAAAAGCUUGGAAGAACUUACUUGGCGAAAUUGUUCUUCCGGACACAACAGAUGACACUUCGAAUAACAUUGUUUCAACGUUAAAUCGAAUUCAUGAUUCUGAAAUUUUUUCAUUGGCAGAAGUUGAUGAAUGGAUUCAUGAAGACACUGAAAUUCCUAGUUGGCGUAAACUUUCUGACCAGCAACUGUUUGAAACAUUAUUAAAGAAAAAAAAUACCGAAAGCAUGACACAACAAGAUGAAAACAGCGGAUCAUCGACUGAAGACGAACAUAUCCAAGAGAAUAUUCCAAGCUCAUCAGACGAAACACAAAAAGCUUAUCAUUAUUUUCAAGAAUUCAGAAAACGGUUUGACAAAAGAACUGAAUCUACCAUAAAUGAAAUUACUUCUGUUUUUCUAAUUCAAAAUCUCCUUGAUAAUGAUUUGUACAAUGUAAAGUUUAACAAAUGUUAAAAAAGUUGAUCACCUUCAGAAAAGUAAGAAUAAUAAAUAUUUGUUACGUAAAAAUAA